CGUCCUUCCAUUCGUGCUACGCGGGACCGCUUGCGUGAUCGACGCCCAAUUUGCGAUUCCUACCAACUUGUCCGUCCGCCGUGUACAAACUACAAUCGCAAUGAAAACAUUCCAAGACCCGCUUAUUAUCCCGCCUCCCCUCCCCUGUCGCCUUUGUUUAUCUCCCAGUCUAGCAGCAUCUGGGCAAUCUGCCCGCCACACAAUCAUCACUCCAACGCCUAUACCAUCAUCACGAGCCAACCGCUUACCCCCCUCCACCAUCUGCCCACACGUUUGCCAAACAGAACAGUGGGCCUGAGAUCAUUACACACCACAUGCCGCACAAGCAUAACCGUCUCACUAAGCUUCCCGUCAGCCCUUGCGCCGUCCAUGAGCGUCUUUCCAUUACACAUCUCCCACGGGUGGCGUGCUCGGUUACCGUUUCCAGUCUUUCUGCUCCGCGCUCCCUCCAAUCCUCCAUCCAAUGUCCAUGUUCGACUAGGUCCCUCUGGGGCAGGUGCCGUUCCGAAUAGGUGGAAUUCCAUCUUGGGCGUUCGCGAUGCCUUCUUGCGAUCCCCACCCUCCACUCCGUGCAUGCAUAGUGCAUUUCCGUGUCUGGGCUGUCUUGGCUCAUCGGCACUGAUUCCUUUCCCUGAACCAUCUCCACUAUCCAAGCGCCAGGCCAUUGCUCGGCUGCAUGAAAUAUUGCAUGGUGCGGCACCCCCGUCUGUCUACACACUGCUUCUACCUACCAACAACAGAAACGAAUGA